AUGUCGUAUCCUGAAGUUGCAGUAUUUGAUCUCGAUUACACAGUGUGGCCAUGUUACUGUGACUCGCAUGUGUUCUCCCCGUUCAAGCCAGUGGUCAAUGACAAUGGCGAAGUGCAUACUUUGGUUGAUCGUCACGGGUUUGAAGUUACUUUCUUUCCGGACAUCCCACGGAUAUUCACCGAUCUGAAGGACCACGGCGUCAAAUUGAUCAGUGCAUCGAGAACUUGGGCACCCGAGGUAGCGCAGGAGUUACUCAAGGGUUUCAAGAUCAGAUACCAUGGCAAGCUAGUGACCUUGCAUGAGAUGUUUGACUCGUUGAAGUGGGGUGAGCGUAGCAAAGUGGGCCACAUUCAGGACGGUAUGAAAGAGAUCUACGGAUCCACUGAGCUAAAGAAGUACAGGAUAUGUCUAUUCGAUGACGAGUCCCGAAACAGAGACGUCGAACGUCACGGAGUCAAGUUCAUAUACAUACGGAACCCAGAGAAGGGUCCUACGUGGUCUCUGUACCAGAAGUACCUGAACGGUGAACUGGACUAG